UUGAAAAAGAAAGUGGAUCAGUUUUGCGUUUGUUCUUCGUAAACUUAGUGUCUGUUCGAAAUGGGUCGCAAAGGAAACUACGUUGAGAAACCCAAGAAAGGUCCCGGAAGAAAGGCACGCAAACAGGGCGACCCUGUGUUCAAGUUCAUAAAAGAUGAUGACGAAGAUAACAAAAAGUUGUCCCGAAACCAAAAGAUACGGCUCAAGAAACGCGAAAUGAAAAACCAAUUGGUACAGAAAGUAGCGAAGCAAAAGAGUGACACGAAAGCCGCAGCAAACCGGGGGGCCGACCCGGUUGUGUCUAGCACGGUGGAUCCGUCGGAGCUGUUUGAUCUUGAGAAAACUCGCCAAAAGUACAAACAGUUGGGCGAGAAGAACAAAUCACCGACGGUAACCGCCACUAAGACGGCCGAAAAUGGUGCCUCGAAAAAGGUUCGCAACCUGUUCGACAGUGACGACGAAAUGGAGAACAAAGAACCAAAAAAGGGCGCUGGUUCUGGUCGACCGUCCAAGAGUCAGAUGAAAAAGUUCCUUCAACAGGCCGAGUCGGAUGAGGACGAUUCGGAUGAGCAGGACACUGAUGAAGGCAGUGAGGAGAUCGAUGACGAUGAGGAUGACCAGGAAGUUGACAGCGAAGAAGAGGGAAGUGAAGAAGAGGAAGACGAUGAAAGUGACGACGAAGACGGUGAUUCCGAUGACGAUGACGAUUCGGAUAUGCUACCGAUAGAGGCGGCAAAUAAGAAGCUAAAACGGCGCAUGGCACUGGAGCAAAAGAUGGCUGAUCAAGAAAUGCAGGAAGCCGCGGCCAACCGAGAACGGUUUGAGUUUCCGACAGAGGAGGAGGUUGCCCAAACGAGCAAUUUGCAGGACGUGAAUAUGCGAAUCAAGGACGUGAUCGGUGUGCUCUCGGACUUUACGGCAAAUCGCGAUCCGGACCACUCACGGUGCGAGUAUAUCGAUCUGCUGCGAAAGGACCUGUGCCUUUACUACUCGUACAACGAGUACUUUAUGAACUUGCUCAUGGAACUGUUCGCUCCGAACGAGCUGCUGGAGUUUUUGGAGGCUUCCGAGUUGCAGCGCCCCAUUACGAUUCGCACGAACAGUCUUAAGACACGGCGUCGCGAUUUGGCGCAAGCCUUGAUCAACCGCGGCAUCAAUUUGGAUCCGAUAGGAAAGUGGUCCAAAGAUGGGCUGGUGGUGUAUACAUCGCAGGUUCCGCUAGGGGCAACGCCGGAGUACCUGGCCGGGCAGUACAUGCUGCAGGGCGGAUCGAGCAUGCUACCCGUGCUGGCGUUGGCGCCGGAGGAAAACGAACGCAUCCUGGACAUGUGCGCUGCGCCGGGAGGAAAGAGUUCCCACAUAGCGGCAUUGAUGAAGAACACGGGUGUGCUCAUUGUUAACGAUUCAAAUAAGGACCGGUUGCACGCGGUACUCGGAAACUUUCACCGUCUCGGAGUACAGAAUGCCAUCGUGACGUGCAUGGACGGUAUAAAGUUCUGCGACGCCAUGAAAGGCUUCGAUCGUGUGCUGCUCGACGCACCCUGCACCGGAUCGGGCGUAAUUGCGAAGGAUCCGAGCGUGAAAACAUCAAAAACGGAUAUUGACGUGCAGCGGUGCUACAAUUUGCAGCGACGUUUGCUCCUGUCGGCCAUCGAUUGUUUGUCGGCCAAGUCGAACAGCGGUGGCUACUUGGUUUACUCCACCUGCUCCGUUCUGCCACAGGAGAACGAGUGGGUCAUCGAUUUUGCGCUAAAGAUGCGCAACGUACGCCUUGUGUCUACUGGAAUAGAUUUUGGUGUCGAAGGUCUCACCAGGUUCGGGGCGCAGCGCUAUCAUCCGUCGAUGAAACUGACGCGGCGCUUCUAUCCCCACACCCACAAUAUGGACGGGUUUUUCGUGGCAAAGUUGCACAAAUUUUCCGAUGCCAUUCCGACAAACGACACCGCUGAGGCCGAGCCGUCGAACGGUGCCGACAUGGAGACGGUAGCCGCCGAGAGUGAGGAGAUGAAGUUGCCGAAAAAGAUUGACAAACGGGACUGGUACUACCAGGAUGUGGUCGCCAAACGGAAAGCUCAGCGUGAGGACAAGAACCAUGUGGUGAAAGUUUUCCAGAAACCAACCAACGUUACCAAGAAGAAGAAGAAAAAGUUUGAGAAAAGCACCGAAGGGGCCACCGUCCCGAGGGUAGCCGUCCCAACCGAUGAUCAGACGGCCUCUGCGGAGAACGGGUCCAGCAGUGGGCAGAAAUUGGCGAAGAAGUUCGCGCUGAACGGUAAACCGGCGCCGAGUAGUGCCGAUCGCGAGACAGCCGAAGUGUCGAAAUUAAAGCAAAUGAUGAAAAAACUCAAACAAAAGCAAGGCAGCUCGACUGCCAACGGCAAAGGGACUGCGGGUAAAGCGGGAAAAUUUGCCAAACAGACGGCGAGCAGCAAAGGAAAGGUACCGGGAACGAAGAAGAAUGCGAAGAAGCUGGGGAAAGUUUAGGGUUAGUGUGUAAGAGAAAUAGAACUGUAACGCAGUUCUCCAUAGAGACAAUGCCUUGCACCACAUCUUGUGAAUAAAGAAG